CACUGCUCAGCUCAGGCUUAUGGCGGUGAUGGAGACUGAACCUGGAACCCUGGACACUCAGGCCUGAAAGUCUUCGCAGAACCGUCAUGGCCUCUGGCCAGCCGCGUCACCUUUUCGUUUCCUUUGCCAAACUCGGAGCUAAGAAACGCAGGUGUCCGAGCCUGCCCACACCGCCCUGACACCCUUUGCUGGAGGAACCAUUUAGCCCACCGGAAGGAAGCAGUGAGCGGGGAGGACGCCGGGGCGGCAGGACCGGAAGUGACGUCUGGACUCCCUCCCACCCCGCCUCCCCCGGCCCAUAGGCUCGGCCGACGGGAUUGGCUGCUUGAGUGUCGCCCGCCUCCCGUGCGGCCCUGGGGGUGGCCCUGGGCUGGGCCUCCAGCCCCCCACUCGCCCCGCCAGGCUUCCGACGGCCCCGGGAGCCGCGGGGGUCUCCUAGCAACGGGACGGCGACGCGGGCCGGAGACGAGCGGCGAUGGCGGACGAGGCGCUGUUUCUGUUGCUCCAUAACGAGAUGGUGUCCGGGGUGUACCAGGCCGCCGAGCAGGGCGAGGGGGAGAAUGGACGCUGUAUUACUAAACUGGAAAACAUGGGGUUUCGAGUGGGACAAGGAUUGAUAGAAAGGUUUACAAAAGAUACUGCGAGGUUCAAGGAUGAGUUAGACAUCAUGAAGUUCGUUUGUAAAGAUUUUUGGACUACAGUAUUCAAGAAACAAAUUGACAAUCUAAGGACAAAUCAUCAGGGCAUCUACGUACUUCAGGACAACAAAUUUCGCCUGCUUACUCAGAUGUCUGCAGGAAAACAGUAUUUAGAACAUGCAUCUAAGUAUUUAGCAUUUACGUGUGGCUUAAUCAGAGGUGGUUUAUCAAAUUUGGGGAUAAAAAGUAUUGUAACAGCUGAAGUGUCUUCAAUGCCUGCCUGUAAGUUCCAGGUGAUGAUACAGAAGCUGUAGAACAAACUUGAGAAAAGCUUCAGCAGUGUAAAGAGAUAAACUAUCCGUGUAGAGUCUUUCAAGUAGCAAGGAUGACGUAUUGUUGGACAUUUGUAUUGCUGUAAAGCUAUCUGCUAACUUACCCGAGGAAGGUUGCACUCUUAAAUGGGAGUAUUUUUAUGGAUCUAACACAGACCAGGCUGAAGUAGAGACACUUCAACCUACACCUUCCUGAAUGAAAGCCUGAUUCCAGAUAAUAAACACUGAGAUGCAGGACCCUUCCUGAAAUGUCACUUGCUUCAAGUGACGCGGCUAAUGACACGGAGAAGCCAAACGCAGGGCCUGGGAAAGCAGCCUGAGUGAGAGUGGCAUCAGCCAGGGUCACCUGUGUGAGAGCGGACAGACUCCGAAUGCAUCUUAAGGACUUUAUUUAAAAAGGCAAAUAGUACACUAAAAUGCAUUUUUAUUUUGUUCAUAAUUUAUUUCUAUUAAUAACUUGUAUGCCAAUGUAAGGAUGCCAUUGUAUAUGUGGUAUGUGUAUAUAUAUGUAUAUAUAUAUAUAUGCAUAUACAUAUAUAUCAUCUAAUUGCCUAAGUCGCUUACAGAAUUAUUUCUAUGUUAAUAGAAGUCACCCUUGAGAGGCCCAUUAAUGUACUAACAGUGAAAUAACAGACUUGUUUAAAUGUAAGUUUAGAGCCAAAAUAGAAAAGCAAAAAAAAAAGUGUUUUAUGAUGCACUUUUUUUUUUUUUGUCUCCAGGGAUAUUGCUGGGGCUCAGUGCCUGCACCAUGAAUCCACUGCUCCUGGAGGCUAUUUUCUUUCUCUUUUGUUGCCCUUGUUGUUUUAUCAUUGUGGUUAUUAUUAUUGUUGUUAUUGGUGUCGUCAUUGUUGGAUAGAACAGAAAGAAAUGGAGAAAGGAGAGGAAGGCAGAGACGGGGAGAGAAAGAUAGACACCUGCAGACUUGCUUCACCGCUGGUGAAGCGACACCCCUGCAGGUGGGGAGCUGGAGCUCGAACUGGGAUCCUUAUGCUGGUCCUUGCACUUUGCACCAUGUGCGCUUAACCCACUGCACUACCACCCUACCCAUGAUGGACUUCUUAUCCUCCUGUUACAGCCUCUACUUUCAGCUUCCCUUCCCUUCCCUGCAAGUGCUGGCAGUGGUUUCAGAAUUGCUACUGCUAUCCCCUCAGUAACCUCCUGAGGGCAGAGGGCCAGGGCUAGAGAAUUGCUUGCCUAUUCACACCACAGGGUUUUUUGUUUUGUUUUUUUAACAAAAGCUGUUCUUCCACCUGGAAGGAGCUUAGGGGCUUUUUUGUUUUCCUUCACACCAACACUGUUAGGAGGAUCAUCUCAGUGGGUUGGGGAGAAACUGAGAUAAGUAGAUCUCUUCCUUUUCUACCUGUGACUAUGGAGACAAAAGCCACCACACUGAGGAUAAGAGGGCACACAGAUAGUAACUAACUCAGUGGUGCUUGUGAAUUCAUCACUCCUGUGCUUUAGUGUUGAGUUUUUCUUUCUUUGUUAAUGUGAGAUAUUAAAAUUCCUUAUUUUGUUCAAUCCAUUUUUGGUUUUGUAUACUGUUACUUGGAGUUAAAAUGAAGCAGGUCUGCAGGUGUCUCUCUUUCUCUCCCUGUCUUUCCCUCCUCUCUCCAUUUCUCUGUCUUAACCAACAACAAUAAUAACUACAACAAGGGCAACAAAAGGGGAAAAAAUGAAGUCUUAGUAGACAAGGAGAAUUAUACAUGGAAGUUUGAGAAUUGAUAUUUGGGGGUGUGUGGGACUGGUGAGAAACUGUAUACCUAAAAAAAAAAAAAAAGGUGGACAACUGGUUAUACAGGUACCAACAACUGUAUUUAAACCAUUAAUACCCACAAUAAAAAAAAAAUGACUUAAAAAA